GUUUGGCAUGUUACUGACAAUUUGAAACGAACAACUCAAAAUUUUUUCAUUUCAUUUUUUGUCCUCGCUUAUUUAACUGCAAAGAUGGCUUGCUGCCCCCCAAAUAACCCUAAUAUGCCGAGAUCUAAUAUAACUUGCCCUCCGUGUCCGCCAUGUUGCGCACCGUGUACUAUCCCGGUGAUCGCCGACAACCUACCCAAGAUGCCUGUUCUGCCGGUCCCCGGUAUGGGUCAACAUGUGGAGUGCAAUCCAGUUUGCGUACCGCUGAAUGCUCCAGUUUGCCCGCCACCACCACCAAUGAUGAGGAAAAAGUGUAAAUACAUACAGCCAGCCAGACCGAAAUCGUACGCUCCCCAAAGAAAAUUUAUUCCACCAGAAAUGAAGAUGGAGGGCAACACCAUCUACAGAAAGUCCUUCAUUCCGGUUGAAGCAGAAAAACCCGUUCAAAUUAUACCUGAAAACAACUUAUGCGUAGGCGAGGGAAAAAUAUCCGACAACACAGUAAACAGAAUGUCUUACCAGCCUCACAGAGUAAAACCCACGUGUCCAAUCUAUCCAUGUGAACAUAAACUUAUUGGAGAGGGACCAAUGCAAGAUAUCACAACAGCCAAACACGACUAUGUACCUAAGCCAUUUAUCAGAACAGAGCCUGUGAAACCUGCAACAAAUUUAUUCUCUUCCGAGUGUCCAUUGAGCGACAAAACUGUAAAUCGUAUGUCUUAUACACCCCAAGACGUAGAGAAGGCUAGAGUUACUCCCAUAAGACCGACCAAUGCUAUUCCUGCACCUAGUGGAAAACUAAGUUGUAAUACAGUGCAAAAAAUGUCGUAUCAACCCUGGAAGCCACAAGAGAAAAUCAACAUGCCUUGGGCCGAGAAACCGCGUUAUAUACCUCCGAAGCUUAGGAUGGAAGACAACACUAUUAACAAACUAAGUUAUGCACCUCCUGGAGAAUAUGUUGAAUGUGAUCCUAGCGAUCCCCAUUGUAUUGAUUGUCCUGAUGGCCAAUGUGCUGUGCCUGCUUGCAUGGGUCCCACAUGCUCCAUGCCAUGUUGUUGUCCUAGAGCUGCGUGUUAGCCUAACUGAUAUUUUUGUUUUAAUUAAAUCUCUUGUGAAAUUGCUCACACUUUGUUUGAAAUAUUUUAUACACAUUUUUAUACAAUCAGUGUUGCUUAUUAAACAACUACUUAUUGAUUGAAAAACAAGAUUCUUGCGAACAACAGUAGCGUGGAAUAACCCUGCAGAUAUUGAACGAUUUACUAAAAUGAGCGAAGAUGAAGUUGCACCUAUUAAGAACUAAAAUCAUAUUUUAGAUGAAAAUAAGUAUAAUAUUAUCAGAAAUUUGCUUUACUAAAUUUUCCAUUUAUCAUAAUUAUGCAUUCAUUUUUAAGGGUAACAUAGCCAAGGAUCCAGAACAUUUUUUUUAUUCAUGAAACAAUAAUUUUGUGACCUUUUUAAAAUAUGUAAAAUAAUGUAGUUUAAACCAAUUGUACAUUUUUCUGUAGAUCAUGUCCUUUAUUUAUCUUAAAAGGCAUUUCCACAUUCACAUAAUAUUGUUGUUCAAGAGAAGCUAAAAUAAAUUGAAUUUGUUGGUUU